AUGAGCUCGCAACGUUUGCCGCAGUCAUCGCUGUCGCCAACGCCAUCCAUUCCUGCUUCGGAUCAGCCAGCACAGAGCCAAGCAAACGAUCUUGUCGCUGCUAGGCCACCCAAGACCAUCACCAAACCCAACCACAACGCGUCACCAUCGGUUGCUUCCAUUGGCCCACGCAAUCGAGCAAGACCACGCACCAACGCCGCCGAUCCAUCAUCCCAGACUGGCUCUACUUGCCACGACAUUGAUCAAGCAGAGAAGCAACAUGGAGCCAUUCAUCCCUCAUCAACCUCAUCUACACAACGCGACUUGGACAACGGCAAUCCCUAUCCCAAACCCAAACCCAAACCCAAGCGUAUGCGUAUCCCACCUCUCAUCACCAGACAUGGCAAGCGCUUGGCCAAGCUUGCCGGCUUCGACCCGCUGCCUUGGUACAUCAGCUGGAUCCCACCAUGCUUUACCUGGCCCAAACUCAAACCCGUCAUCCGCUCCGCCUUGCUCGCCUGGAUCUGUAUGCUCAUCUUCCUCAUCGGUCCAUCGGAGCGUGCGCUUGGUAGCGCCUCGUUCCUCGUCCUCGUAGGCUCGUUCAUCCAGCCCGCCGAAGCGCCUCUCGCCGCUAUCGUCGAGCGCGAGUUCUUCACGCUCGUCUUUGUGUGCGCCGCAUGGGCCUGGUCCAACAUCGCCAUCGCCAUCUCGCACGCCGUGCGCAAGAACAAAGUUUCGCAAGCAGAUACCGACCUCCAACGUGCAUUUCGAGGCGACUACAUCGAAGCGAGUCCCAGUAUCGUCUGCGCAGUCUUCCUCUCGGUCGGCUCGGCCGUGGUGCUCUACGUCAAGAUCCGGUUUGGUCCGAGUCCGUUUCUCUUUGCUAGUGUCCUGAGCUGCAUCCUUAUGAACAUCUGCUUGACCUACGCUCCCCUGUACCCUUUCGCCUUUUACUCGCUAGGCCAGUCGGUCGUCGUGCCACUAGCCGUCAAGGCGGCCAUCAACAUGAUCCUCAGCAUCGUCUUCUUCCCCAAGUCGGUCAAUUCGCAGUUUGUCGAGCGCCUCGUGGCCGUACUCGUCCCGAUUGCCGAUGCUUGUGCCGACCAAGUCAAGCUUCUGCAAACCUCGCCUCUCGACACACCCUCUACCAGCGCCGACAAUGCGCAAAACGGUAACGACCAGAACACGCGCUCAGCACCGCAAGCCGACAAGCAGGAUGGAUUUGAUUUCGACAUGGUCAAACGCAAACUCGCAGCCGCCGAAAGUGGAAUGAUGCCCAUGACCAUGGCUUCGCGUCUGCUCACACGCGAGAUCUCGUUUGGUCUCGCCAGUGGCGACGAUCUCAGGACUUUGGAGCGCCUCUCGCGUUCGCUCAUCGCUCCGGCUGAUGGAUGGUCCUACUACUACUCUUCCAUCAAGGCCGACAUCCAGUCGGCUCACUUUCCUAAGACGCCCGUACCUUCACGUCUAGCCACACCUGCCAUUACGCCCGUCAUCACGCCUCGUACAUCGCUCGAGCAUUCGCAUAAUCCUUCCGAAUCCGGUCAUGCCAGUCACAACGCCACCGUCCAUCGUCCGAGCCAUACUCCCACGCACCACAGAGACAGUCUUCACCAAACCCAUUUCUCGCCACACCUGCAUCCUCGCUCGCGACCCCAUUCGCCCGCUUUAACAUCGCUGAUUCCGAUUCCGAUUCCGAUUUCCACUGCGCACCCGCCAGCUUCCGCCCCUGCGUCGACGUCCCACAACGACACGAUGCACACGCUACCUCCAGCCUCAGGAUCGUCGACUCCCUACCGUGAAUCGCCCCUGCACAACCAGGCAGUUGCUCACGAAUCUUCCAACGCGCGUACCGCCUAUCGGCAGCUCGACGAACAUCCCUCUGUACAAGCGGGCAACGAACUGACCUCGUCGCGCUUUCGAAAAAUGGCUCGCUCGAUUGCUGCGGCUUCGCGCAACUCUUCACCUCGACGCUGGAUGCACCACGCCCACCAUAGCUCAUCUGACCUUCGCGAACAUCAUCACAGCAACGAUGGUCGCUAUCAACAUGCAUGGGAUCGCUCUAGUCAGCUGCUCCACAAUUUUGUGCACAAGCGAGAUCCGGCUCCCGUCGCGAUUUGGGAGUCGAUCCGCUUCGGCAAUCUGGAAACUUACCUGCACACGUCGGACUGCAACUACGUGACCGAGAUGUUUGCGCAGCUGCUCGGUGAGACUCUGUGCGAUCUGCUCGUUGCAAAUGCAGAAGCGAUCCGGCAUAUCGUCGCGUGGUUGACACAUCUCAACUCGCAUCGAUACACCUUGUUGCGUGAGCGCUUCCUGCUUUCGCACCAGCAGCGAGCGCAAAAGGGCCGUCGGCAGGCGGAAGAAACUAGCAAGGUGAUCGGCGACUUGCAAGCCGAGCUCGACGAAUUCCGGCAGUCUGGACGACUGAAAGUAUUGGACCCGUACAAGGACGCCUUGAGACACGACGAUACGGCUCUUGGCAGCCACGAUCUGGCUGCCGAGCUGGACCUGCGCACGGGGCCAGGCGAGAUCGGCAAGAUUCACCACAGAUACCUGUACCAGGUGUGGCUACAUCAGUUCCACACGAUCAGCUUCACCGAGCGCAUCUUGGAUCUGCUCCGACAAGUAGAGAGCCUUCAGAAGCAAAGGACGGCUGCACAGCUCUGGUAUCCGCUUUGGCCGCGCAUCUUUUCGGCCGAUCUGUGGCGAACCACGUCGGGCUCCACACACGACGACGACGAGCCGGACGACGAACCGGACCAUAUCCCGGACAUCACCAGUGAUACCCCCGUCGCUUCCCGACAGCGCAGCCGCAGCGGCGAGGCAGCCGUCGAGGCAGCCUCGUCCACCGACGUCAACAGCAAAGCCCAAGACGAACCGCGUCUAGCUCGAAACCGCGCCGAAGCACACGCGCAUUUCUCUCAAGACAAGCACGACACUUGCACCGCCAAUCACGUCGUGCCACACGAGCCUAUCGUCGAUCUCGGCGCCACACGCGCUCGCGAUCCCGAUGCGCUUGACCCGGAAGGCUUGUUGCAAGUAGUCGGACACACCAUCUACUUUUGCACACGCCGCGCGUUGCACGGCAACACGCUGUUUGGCGUCAAGGCUGCCGUCCUGAUUGCGCUCGUAUCUCUGCCUGCAUACAUGAAGUCGUCGGCAGGAUGGUGCUACGAGAACCGUGCCAUCUGGGCCAUCUUUAUGGCGCAACUCACCCUGGCACGCUUUCGAGGCGAGACCGCAUUCGCUCUGUUGUCGCGCAUCCUCGCUACCGUGAUCGGUGCUGUGUUUGCGCUCAUUAUCUGGUACCUUUCCACGGGCAAUGGACGCGGCAAUGCAUACGCGCUCGGUGGCGUAACCGCAGUAGCGUUUCCGAUGCUCAUGAUGUUCAGGAUCUACUUUCCCGGCCCACCCAUCACGCCCAUCAUUGCAUCUGUGACGACCGCGCUCAUCGUCGGGUACAGCUGGAAGGACGUGAGCAACCCAACGCCCGGCUCGCCUGGUUUUGGAUGGGACACGACGUGGAGGAGGUUUGUAACCGUUACCAUUGGCGUAUCGGCGGCUUACAUCUUUAGCUACCUGCCGCCGAGUUCGACGUUGAGGCAGUAUCAGCGACUUUCUCAUGCGGCAACGAUUGCCGAGCUGGGCAAGAUUUACUGCGCGGUAGUGGGCAUUGCCAGUCAUCCGCAUCGACAGCAAGAGCCAGAGCCCGAGCCCGAGCCCGAGCCCGAGCCCGAGCCAGAGCAACAGCGAGAGCAGACCUUGUCGACGAGUGGCGUGGCCAAGAUGACGCCGUCUGCGCCGGGAUCACAUCGAGCCUCGGUGGAUCAGACCAAAGGCGAUGCAGCCAAGAACGAGGCGGAAGUGUGGCAGCGGGCGCUGCCGGAACAUGGCGAGGCCCAAGUGCUGAUGAAUGUGCAUCCUUCGUCCGAGCUGGUUCGGAAACGCAUCAUUGCGGUUCGAGCCAAGCUGCGUCGACUGUCGAUGAUUUCGGUCAACGUGUCGUACGAGUUUUCGCUGCGCGGUCGAUGGCCAUCUGCGCGGUACGGCGAGCUGUUUGAGGUGCAGAUGCAGAUCUCCAAGCUUCUGUCGCACUGCCUGGCGAUCUUUGAGCGGCUAGGAGCGGCGUACUCGAUCGCGCUGCUGCGACGGACGCGCUUUCUGGAUCCUCGAUUCUUGGGCGAUGUAGUGAGCGUGAUCAGCAUGUGUUCCACAGCUCUCAAGACCGGCGAGCCGCUACCGCAGGUGACCGCGUGUCCGCUCGUAGAUCGAUUCCUAGAUACCCCGCACGGCUUCAACAUCGCCCAAGAGACCGGCUCGCGCGCCAUCGACGAGAUGCUCGCCACUCUCCCUGCCAAAAUCACGCUGGCAACGCUCCAGGAUGCAGAGUACAUGACGUUCAGUGUCGGCGUCGCCACGCUGUUCGGCUUGGUCGUCAGGAUCGACAAGCUGUGCGUCGCGGUCAAGCAGCUGGUCGGCGAGAGCUAUGCGGUGCCUGUGGAUGUGUAUGGCAUGUUGGGCCGCAGGAUGGGCCAUGAUUGA